AUGACGAUGGUCAUUGAAAACCAGAACCGCCAGUACGGCGGCAUGAGCUUCGACAAUGUCUACCACCACAAUCCACCACAAUUUACAGACCCCUGGGCUACCGCGCAUACCACCUCGCACUCGACUCCUCCUAUUUAUGCGACAUCCAUGGGCAACAGUGCCAGCAUCCCCAUCAACCCCGUCAAGUCAGAGGAAGUCGGCCGACCAACUGCCAUGUCCAUGCCCUACCCCAACAUUCCCGUGUCAGCACCGUCGCUGGUGCCUGGCAGCAACUACACAGCUACCGGCUACGGUCCAGAGGUGAUGGCAAUGCAACACGACGUACCGCGCACUGGUUUCGAGCAGGCACCCACCUACACCACAGCUCCCCCCAUGAGCAGCUUCGCGCCCUCCAGCUAUGCGCCAGUGAGCUACGCUCCCAUUCACCCUUCCCAGUCCCAAGAUGCUCGCCGCAUGUCGCAUUCAGAUGCUCGUGUGGGCUCCUCCCAAGCUCAACCAGGCGCUCCCACCUUCGGAGACGCGCUCGAUGCCAGUCGAGGAAUGGUGGCACUCAGCCAGGAUUUGACUCCCCGGAACAUUUACGGGCCUCGCGGGGCCCGCGGGUCGACUGAUUCCUACGGUUUCCCUUCAACACACUCAUCCGCUUCCUCAAUUUCCUCAGGCGGCAACUACCCCUACUACAGCGCCUCCGUGGGCUCUGUGGACUCUUCCGUGACCGAUUACAGCUCGAGCACUUCCGAGUCUUAUGAGUCGCGCACUCUUCCCCGGCCGACUAGUCUUUUGGCUGGUAGCGCGCCCUCCGGUCCCCAGUCCAUGAUGAGCCAGUUCAGCUCCAAGAUGCCCUCCAACACCCAAAAGAAGCACAAGUGCAAGGUCUGCGACAAGCGAUUCACGCGUCCGUCUUCGUUGCAGACACACAUGUACAGCCACACUGGCGAGAAGCCAUUCGCUUGUGAUGUUGCAGGCUGUGGACGACACUUCUCAGUUGUCUCAAACUUGCGUCGCCACAAGAAGGUGCACAAGGGCGAGAAAGACACCGGCUCCCAAGACGAAGACGAGUAA